UGGGCUUUUUUUGGUCGUAUGAGUCAUAACGUGUUAUAUUUACAAACAGUAUUAUUUUAGUUUUUUUGAGUUUAACUAAUAAUUGUUAUCAAUAAUUGUUCUUAUUUUACAUGUACUCCUCAUGGAAUGCUUACAGGUUUGGUGUCCCUGGCCUUUGCUGGGUCUAUUGGAAUGACAUUUGUCAUACUAGCCUGUGCCUUACCACAGUAUAAGUAUUGGUGGCCGUUCUUUGUGGUUCUUUUCUAUGUGCUAUGUCCCAUACCAACAAUGAUUGCAAGACGUCACACCGACAGCGCCGGUGGUACAAAUUCACCAUGUAUGGAAACAGCUAUUUUUAUAACCAUGGGGAUCCUUGUCAGUUCAUUUGCCCUGCCGAUAGUGCUGGCUAGAACUGGCGCGAUCAUGUGGGGUGCUUGUUACCUGACCUUGGCCGGGAAUGUUAUUGUUUAUUUGACUAUUUUAGGUUUCUUCACAAUCUUUGAUAUGGAUGAUUCGGACUAUGCGAUGUGGUGAGAGAUCUAAAUAUUGUCUGUGACAAUAAUGAGAACGAUCUAUGUAUAAGUAAUGUUGUGGUUAUGUCCACCCGUACGUAAUUAAGUCUGAUAUAUUGAUACUGAUAUUUUUUAUUGAAAUUAUUGUGUUUUGAUUAUAUGAACGGUUUAUGUUUUGCUUUCAUUGUUCCGAGUCGGAUAUGUAGACUGGCAUCAUAUAUGUAAUCUUUAAAUAGUUAAAUUAUGUCGUCUUUAUUUAAGUCUAUACUAACUCACUGGCUGGUUUUAGAAUACUUAAUUAAGUGUAAAAGAAAUAUAAAGGUAUAUUUGUAUUUUUUUACAUGUGUAGAUGGUUCAUUCUAUUAACAUAAAUAAUAUAUUAAUUUAUAACUACAAUACUGUUUUCAUCUUACUAUAGCUAAGUACAUAUUCAAAUGCAAAACAAUAAUUAUCUCAAUUAAUAAUCAUUAUUUAAAAUUUAUAUUAGAAAAAUUAUAGCAUAUGUUCAUUAUUCCUUUUUGAACUGGUAAAAAUACAUAAAAGCAUUGUUUUUUUUAAAGAUGACAAUAUUUUCAAUACAAUGCAUGUAUGUCCCGUCGCUGAUGUAUAAGAUUUGUGUGUACUUUCUCAUAUAGAUCACAUGAAAGUAGGAUCAUUUAAACAAUAUGUUUUUGCCAUCCUUAUAUAUUUGAUUGAAUUCCAAUUUCAAAAUUGCGACAAAUAAAGCGUGCUUUUCACACACUUACUGAAAUUUUUGUUAUUUUUUAAUUAUAGAAAUGUUGACUGCUGAAAUGUUUAUUUGUAACUUUCAUCCACGUGAAAGUACAAAAAUUAUGCUAUUAUUUUGAAAGUAUAUGAUUAAAAUUUGGAUAAAUAUAUUUUUUUUGUCACUGAAAAUAGUAAAAUUUGACACCAAUAUUGCUAACAUGGUACAUAGUUACAUUCCUGCGAUGUAUAGUGUAAAUAAUAUGUUAAAUUUAGUAAUACCGGUCACAAUAAAAUGUCACUACCUGCUUUA